UGGAGUGAUGUAGCAAGACGUACGGGACAGAGCGGACACAGAGGGAAACAGAGCCAACGUCAGUGCGGUUGUUGUUGUCUUUUUUAUACUAAAAUUUAUGGCAUUGUGUUGUAGUAGCAUAAUGGAUUUACUUGACCUAAUCUAACGUCAACAGUCUUGGAGCCAUCCGUGCAGCCUGACACACGGACAUCUUGUUUUUCUCCUAUCGGGAUACCAGGGUGCAAAGAAAAUAUUUCCCUGCGUUUCGGACCUGGUGGAAAUCGUGUUGUAGUGGAGCUCUCCGACCCUCACCAUGGCGUGGCCCUGUAUCAGCAGGGCGUGCUGCAUGGCCCGCUUCUGGAACCAGCUGGACAAGGCUGACAUUGCGGUGCCUUUGGUCUUCACCAAGUACACGGACGUCUCUGAGAUGCAGCACAUCCAGCUGCAGCCGCCGCUCCACCCUCCCCAGGGCCGGGUCGCCAUAGAAACGCAGCCGUCUCGCGCAGAAACGCGCACCACGACAACAGCACGCGCACCGCGAAGGUGCGUCUCCGAGGAGCGCGUGAGCAGCUCGGUGAUGCGCGAGGACUUCAAACACUGGAAAGUGCGACCCGAACCGAGCUGUAAACCCAAGAACGAGUACCACGGACCGGAAACACCGUUCAACAGCGAGACCCAGUACCAGAAGGACUUCAAGCCCUGGCCCAUCCCGAAAAGGUACGACCACCCCUGGAUACCCAAACCACCGACCACCUGCGGUGACGACCGUGCACCGGACAAGUCCAAACACGUGAAACAGCAUGUGGCGCAGGCAGAUGCGGACAGCGGCGUGGAGAAGAGCGCUAUUGCCGACAAGGUGCAGGAGAAAGACCUGCUCCAGGGACAAGAGAGGAAAAAACGGCCCAGUAAGCAGCAGGGGGUGAAGAAAGUUGUCGUGAAGGUGGAAGGAGAGGGCAAAGGGCGGGCGGCCGCGGAUGCUGUGAACAGGCAGAUCAAAGAGGAGAUCACAGCCGACAGCUCCUACAAAACUGAAUUCAAGGCUUACACAGAUGUGAAGCCCACCAGGAUGAUCCGGGCCAAGUCCCAGUACCUGCCCCCGGAUGACAAGACCAGCCUAGAGACCAGCUACAGUGCCACCUUCAAGGGGCAACAAGCCCCGCUGCGGUCAGCUGACAACAAGGCCGUGGAGAGGAGGAGGAUACGCAGUUUGUACAGCGAACCUUAUAUAGAACCCUCCAAACAGGUUGACAGAUAUAGUGCCACUCGCUCUAAACCCAAAAGGUCUGGAGCCACAGCGGCAGGCCAGGGCAAGCCAGUGAAGAAAGCCAAAGAUAAGCAGAGCGCCGCGCUGAAGGGCUCCAAGAAGACGACCUCGGAGAACCAGCCCGAGAACCGGCCGGCGGUGGGGGACAAGGAGAAAAGUAAAGAGAUGAACAACAAACUGGCUGAGGCAAAAGAAUUCCAGGCUGAAAGUAUGAAGAGUAAGUUGGUUUGAUGAGGUUGAGGUUGUUGUAAAAAAAAAAAAAAAGAAAAAAAAAGAUGAUUCCACACUGGAUCUACUUCGGCUCUGUGUGGCAGGUGCAACAUGUUGGAGCCGUGUUUGUAUCCAGCAAAAGCAAAACCAAAACAAGCUGUAAAGCCUCUGUUUUUAACUUCUGGUUUAAUCCAGAUUUCCUCAGUGAGAUGUGUUGAAGAAAAGGGAACAAAAAGUAAGUUGUAUUGUGACUGUUUAUCUGUUAAAACAAAUUAUAACCUCCUUUGUAUAUAAAGCUUAUAUUUGUGUAUAUAUAUCAUAGCAGGGCUACAUGUUGGCUAGAGCCAAAGCAUCCAGCUGUUUUCUCUAAAUCUUAGCAUAUAUACGUAUAGAGACGCCUAUUUUUUGGGCUUAGAAGAGCACUGUUCAGUCUUAUCAUGGGUCAACCCGUCAGUGUGCUCCACUCCCACGCAAAACACCUCCCUGUUCUCAUUGGUUCUGCUUCCUUCCCUCCAUUCUGAUUGGACGAGUCUCUGUUUUUCUGUGGUGUCUGACGCAGCAGCAACCAUCACUGCAAACCACCAUGUCUGUCCAAGCCGAGCACGCGCCCCGUCAGGAGUGAAGGCCCAACUCAUUAGCAUUUCGCAGCCUUUGGUUGGGGGGACGCUUUGUCAUGUAACACAAAGGAGGGGGCUUGCAGGAGCAGUAAAUGUACACAGUGCUUAGCACACACCACACACCUGGUGCUAUCUUUGUGAGUAUUAGGCAAAUAAGGAUAGAAAGUAUGGUAAAGAAAGUUCUGUCUUGGGCAAAAAAAGAAAAAAAGAAGAAAAAAAAGAAAAGAAAAUUGACUGUGACGUGCUUGUGUUUCUAUCUGCUUGCUCAUAUUUAAUGAAACAUUACAAAUAAAUGCAAAAAAGCAGAAAAAGCAGUGUCUUCUUUCUUCAUUUUGUUAAGAAGAUUAGUGGUUGCAGGUAUCUGUCAGUGUUUCUCUUG